AUGUCUGUCGAAAGCCUUUUUUCGGAAGUUUCUUCCAUUUUGGGAGCUCGUUUGGCUAUAGCCGCCGCUGACGAACUUCAUUUUGGCGGAAAGCGAGUUUUCUCCGAUGUUUCUGCAGCCGCUUCAACGUCCUCUAUUCAACAGAAGUCCGGAGGUUAGAUUCAACUAUAUUAUUCUUUUUUUGAAUUUUCAAUUAUAUUUUUUUUUAAAACGAAAAUCGAAGAAGGCUAGUGAUAAAGCAAAGAAAGGAAUUCUAAAGUUUUGAGAAUUUUCGGAUAAAAUCAUAAAAUCGUUUCAAAGUGAUGAUUUUUACUCUUUGUGAGUUUUCGCAAUAUUUUCACUUACAGGAAAGGUCGAAGGAGGCAAGAAGGACAAGGGAGGCAAUCCUUUGCUCUCCGCCAUCGACAACGCCAAGCAUAUCGUUGGACAGGCUUUGGCUGGAGUUGGAGGUGAGAUCGAUUUUUUUUUUUCAACUUAUUCCUAAUUAAUUUCUAUGUAUAACUUUUGAUAUUUUUAUAAUAAUUCUAUUAGGUUUGCCGGUUAGGAAUGAGCGUUGAACUUCUCAUCUCAAUGAAGCAAGCAUUAAGUUUCUCGUCUGAAAUAAAUCCUCUUGGCGAUUGGAAAGUACUUGAAAGAUCUAUUCAUUUUUAUCAUUAUUUCGUAGUGAUGUCAGCGCCGAAAAUACCGCUCAUUUCCAACUAGCCGCCCUAAUAUGUCUAAAAUUUACUUGUUUUCUUUUUUUAGUACAAAUUAUUCAUGAUUAUUUCAAAGAUUCACUUUAUCAUUUAAGGCGCUUCCCAUGACGAGAUUACUGAUCUCCAGAAAGGUCAGAAGAAGCUCGAAUCAGAAGUUGAGAAGUUGACAAAGCUUGUUGCCUCUCUUCAGACCGAGCUGGCUUCUUUGAAGCAGUCUUCUGGUGGAAAGGUUGAUUUUUCGGCUAAUAUGGAUAAUUAUCUGGUUCUUGGUGAUGGUAACCUGUCAUUUUCCUGCUCUUUCUCUUCUCAGUGCUCAUCUCUUACUGCUACUGUAUUUGAUUCUGAACCUGAAUUUGUUAGAAAAUAUAAAGCUGUUGAGAACAUAUGUUUUCUUCGUUCUUGUCCAAAUGUUAAUCUUUUAUUUGGUGUUGAUGCAACUCAACUGUCCCUUGCUUGGAAAAAUGUGUUUUCCACUAUCAUUAUGAACUUCCCACAUCCUGGAGGCAAAACGAACUUGAGAAACAGUCGUCAGCUUUUGACGAAAAUCUUUCGAAGUGUUCGUUCCAUAAUGAGUGAGAAAACCAAGUUUUGCCUAGCCCUAGCGUUUUCUCAGUCGGGUCUCACAGCGACUGAUCCUGUUUGGUCUGAUCGUCCGCCUGAUCAUGUCAAAGAUUCUUGGCAGGCUAUCUAUCUGGCUGCCGCCGAAGGGUUGGUACUGGAAGAAGGGAAGGAUUUUGAUCCUUCGAAGUACGCGGCUUAUUCCGCAUCAGGUUAUAAAGAAUCCAAAAAGGGAUUUAAUAACUUGAAUGGGCAGCAGCUUGUUUUCAAAACUUUUGACGACAGCUUAUUGACCUUAUCCUUUUUGUCUAAAAACGAACCUCCCAAAAAUGGAUUCCACUGUUUUCGACCAUUUUAUGUUCAAGAUUUAUCUUUUUUGUUCACUGCUGAAGCUGAUUCUUCUGCUCUCAUUGCCCUCGAUUUAUUGAAAGAGCUAACUGGGAAUUUGUUGGUUUCUAUUGAAGAGGUUGUUAAGCUUCGUUCAUUUUGCCCUGAUCCAUAUCUUCCCAACAGAAUUUACCGUCUUUUCUGGCAAUCUGUGAAAUACCCACUAGGUCGCGAACAGUGCAAAUCUGUCCACGAAGAGCUGAGAAUUCGAAUUGUGUCUUGUAUUAAAUCUCGUCGUUUGCCAUUGAUUCUCACUUGAUCUCUUCUUUUUUCUGUUUCUUGUUGUUGUUUUAUUGGUUGUUUGAUAAAAAUUUGUUAUUUUAACAAAUAAUGUAUCUGAGAACUUGUCUAAGAAGGAAAGUUCAGUCCGCUCCUGUUGCCGCUUCCGCCCCAGCUCCUGCUGACGAGAAGAAGGAAGAGGCGGCCGAAGGGGACGACGACUUCGACUUGUUCGGUUCGGACGAUGAAGAGGACGAGGAAAAGAAGAAGAUCGUGGAGGAGCGCCUCAAGGCCUACGCCGAGAAGAAGUCCAAGAAGGUUUUGAUGAAAUGAAGGAAAAGAUCAAUUUUUUUUUAGCCUGGCCCGAUCGCCAAGUCCUCGGUCAUCCUUGACGUCAAGCCUUGGGAUGAUGAGACCAACAUGCAAGAAAUGGAAGACCUCGUCCGCGGAAUCGAAAUGGACGGUCUCGUUUGGGGCGGCGGCAAACUGAUCCCCAUUGGAUACGGUAAAUAAAUAAUUUUUUGAGGAAAAAAGGUUGAAAACGGUGAAUUAUUAGUCGACUAUUUUAACAUUUUUAUGAAUUUAUCAAUAUUUCGAUGAAUUUUCAUCUCGUUGAUUACUUUUCAUCAAUCCAAAACUUAUCUCAAGCUCUUCUUUUCCAGGAAUCAAGAAGCUCCAAAUCAUCUGCGUUAUCGAAGACUUGAAGGUCUCAGUUGACGACUUGAUCGAGAAGAUCACUGGUGACUUCGAGAACCACGUGAGUUUCAUUUUUCAUUUUCUCAUCUUCAGUUGGAAAAUUUCCAGGUUCAAUCGGUUGAUAUCGCCGCCUUCAACAAAAUCUAA